GCCUGUGUUUCAUGUCUGUGUGCCCCUCCUGCAGGUCUUCCUGCACUCCGAGCUGAAGGUGUUGGCUGGAGGCCCAAGAUGUCCCAGGCGACGAAGAGGAAACAUGUGGUAAAGGAGGUGCUGGGUGAUUAUGAGCCGCCCUCUGAGAUACAACAGAUUGUGCGGGUGCUGGGCUCGCCAGGGAAUAACCUCCACGAGGUGGAGACGGCACAGGGGGAUCGCUUCCUCGCCAGCAUGCCCACCAAGUUCCGCAAGAACAUCUGGAUCAAGAGGGGCGACUUCCUCAUCGUGGAUCCCAUCCAGGAAGGGGAAAAGGUGAAGGCGGAAAUUAACUCGAUUCUGUACAAGGAGCACAUCAAACAGUUCAGGAAGGACGGUCUUUGGCCUGCUAGUUUCUGUGAGCCAGCGACAGAGUGCCCGGAGAGUAACACAAAGAAAGAUGGAAGUAACUGCAGCUCAGAAGAGGAGGCUGAGGAGGAGGAUUCUGAAGAUGACAGCAACUUGUUUGUCAACACAAACCGAAGGAACUACGAGUAUUCGGAGAGUGAUGAGGAGGAUGAUGAGGAGGAGCAGCAGCAGGGAGACUAGAGGUUACAACAGCAAGUGGUAGCUUCAUAACUGCAGGCACACCAAGAAUCAUUUCUGCUCAGACUGUGGAAAGAGCAAGUGCUCUGGGGACAAAGAAUGGAUGUCCUUCCAUGCAUCUUACCCCCCCCCUCUCAGCGUGUGUAUCUACUUUAAAACCUCUUCCUGCAGCAGGCUGGCAGUGUCAUUUCAUACGUUGUCCACCCUCUCCCAGUGACCUUGGCCAGGCAGUCUGUCCCUGCUCAUUACUUUCCCCUCCGCCCCCAAAAACAUCACCUUGAGGGCCUCUGGAGGCUGAUGACAGUCUGUCGAUUGUGGGGAAGGAGGGUAAAUGGGACAGAUGGGGAAGUUUGAUUUUAUUUUUUGUGCACCCCACAUCUGACCAACUUGAGACUUUAUCUGCCUAUCACUUAGUGAUGCACUGGCCCUGGAUACACUGUGGGAGGGGUGGAUCUUGCAUCCCGGAGGUGGGGAAUACAGAAGACUGUGUGUAUUUGAAUAAAACAUUGAGAUGUGGAUCA